UCAGACACUUAGAGGCUUCAGUUGUACAGAAAUGAAUUCUGCAAAACAUGAAGAGCAUACUGGACCUGAUGGUGACUCUGGCACUGUUGUGAUUGUUGAAGAUACUAAAAAAUCCAAAGGUGGCUCUGCAAUGGGUUUAUUAACUCGCAAUUUAAAGACAAAAAUGGGAAAGACAACUUCCUCAAAAUCCGACCAAGUAGGUGUUAGUGAAGAACCGAGUGCUGUGGCUAACAUUACUGAAAUCAAUACCAUGGAUGCUACCAAGACUGUUGCUGACUCCAACACCAACAAAGAUAACAUCGCUGCUUGCAGCAAAGAGCAUAUUGGACCUGAUGGUGACUCUGGCACUGUGGUGAUUGUUGAAGAUACUAAAAAAUCCAAAGGUGGCUCUGCAAUGGGUUUAUUAACUCGCAAUUUAAAGACAAAAAUGGGCAAGACAACUUCCUCAAAAUCUGACCAAGUAGGUGUUAGUGAAGAACCGAGUGCUGUGGCUAACAUUACUGAAAUCAAUACCAUGGAUGCUACCAAGACUGUUGCUGACUCCAACACCAACAAAGAUAACAUCGCUGCUUGCAGCAAAGAGCAUAUUGGACCUGAUGGUGACUCUGGCACUGUGUUGAUUGUUGAAGAUACUAAAAAAUCCAAAGGUGGCUCUGCAAUGGGUUUAUUAACUCGCAAUUUAAAGACAAAAAUGGGCAAGACAACUUCCUCAAAAUCUGACCAAGUUAAUAAGGGAACUGGUGAUGAUUCUAGUUCCACAGUGAUGGUUGAAGGAACACAAAAAUCCCCAAGACAUUCUUCAAGAAAUAUUCUUCAUCAGAUCUUUAAGAAGGCAGGCAAUAAACAUUCUUCAAAACCUAGUUCAAAGCAUGAUGGGACUGCAGUUGAUUCUAUUUCAAUAGAGAUGGUUGAACAACCUUCAAAGUCCUUAAGUAGUUCUGCAAAACAAUUCCUAAAUCUGACAAAGACAAAAAAGUCAGCCCGAAAACAUUCAUCAAAAUCUAAUCCAGACCUCCUAGAUUUCAAUCAGAAGCUGGAACAGGGAUAUUUGGCAGAAGCUAACCAGCAACUUUUAGACAGGGAAAAGAGCCUCUUCAACUCUCAAUCAUCAUUUGAAGAGGCUAUUUGCACAGAAGAUGCUAAAAAUGACUUAAAGAAGGAUUAUGAGACUCUCAUGGAGCAUCUGAAGAAGGCUGUCCAUGAUUCCUUUAACAUGGACAAUCAAGAGAUGCUGAGAAGUGCCAUAAAGGCUAUAGUUGAGCAGGAGGAAGAAGACAAGCUCUGGGAAGAGGCAUCAGAAGAGACCCCGUCUUGGCGACCCAUGAGAUGCAAUGACACGAUAGUUAAGGAAGUAGUGGAGAAUCGACUGCAGCAAAUAAAUGUAGAUGACAGUGAUACAGAUAUACUGAAAACAGCGGUGGUACAGAUAAGCAGCAUCAUGCAGAAUGAUCUGCUACAGGUUAUCAAACAUGUGCAGAGAUGUUACUCAGAAUGUUACUCAGAUUUCAACGCAUGUAACAUGUACGCUCAGCUCUAUCAUCAGGCUCUCUUAACAACACUCAGGAAACUUCUACAAUGCAGUGUAACCAUGGAGGAUUACAGAUUCAUACUGCAACAAAUAAGCAGUUAUUCAAAGGACAUUUUGAAACAUGAUGAACUGAAUCCACACAUCAACACUGAAUCAUUAGGUGAUUUGUUACCUGAGGAAGAUUAUAAGGCACUGGAGGAUCAGUACUUGUCACACAAAGAGAAUGAAACCAAGACCUGGUUGUCCAAUGCUCUUGAGUUAAAGGAGGCAGACUGGCAGGCUAAUAAAAAACCUGAACUUAUUGAUGAAUAUUAUAUUUGCCAUCUAGUUUUAGAUGCUAUAGGGAUUGUUGAUGGAGGUGUAAAAGAGGUUGAAAUUACUCUGGGGAAAGAGAAAGCAAAGAUAAUUUUGUUGCAAAUGGGCAACUUUCUAACGAGUUAUAAAAACUCCAUGGAGGAAUUUCUUAAAACCCAGCAGAUGGACAUGACUGAAAUCGUGAAAUCCCAACUGUAUAAUAUUAAUAAGAUAAGGGACUAUAUAGAAAAUCAGGACGAUCUUCCAGAUGAAGUGAAAGUAGCUUGGCUGUCGACUGUAUUAGAGCUGAGAGAAUCCUGUCACAGUUACCUCCUCAACCCAAUACACAAGGAGCUCAUGGAAACCUACCGUAAAUUGUGGACUCCAGCUUGGUUUUCAGAGCAUGAAGCAAUCAUUGACAAACUAGAAGAUACACUAAAUGAGAAAAUUCAUUCUUUAAAGGGCCUAAUCUGUGAAUGUCAAAAGGAGCUGUUAAGUCAGCUGCAUUUUGAGUUAAUGAUUGAAUAUGUCAGGAGAAUGUUAAAGAGGAAACUUAAAUUAAAAAACAAGGCGAAACAGGAGGCAGCUGCACGUUUUCUAUGCCAGGACAGUGAAAGAAUCAACACACUGUUUGAACAACAUGGAUCGGAGAAGGAAUGGCUAUCUGAAAUUUUGCCCAGAGUUUCAGAAGUGAUAAAGGUACAAGAUCCGGAAAGUCUUAUACUAGAAAUCUGCGCACUGUUGAAACAACAUCCUGACCUCAGUGAACAGCAGGUCUUUCAGCUUUUGCAGCUGAAAAGCAGAUGUCCAGAUGUGAAUAUGGUCAGAGAGUGCUACCACCAGACUCUGAACAAUCUGGAAGUGUCUGAGUCGAAUCCAACGUUCUUCUGCCAUGUGCCUAGGACUAUCUCAAUGAGCUUCUAUUCUUGUUUCUGCAUGCUCCCCUUUUAUUGGACCGAAGCACGUACUUGUAGCAAAUGCUAACAAGUUCUCGUUCAUGCAUUUAUACGAUUAUUCAAUGGGUUGUUUUUUGUACAUCACAUUAUAGGAUUACAUAAAAGCAUAGCUAAGAAUUAUCAUAGCCAGGCCACCUACAGGAAUGUUUUUAGGAGGUGAGAUAGAACCCGGACAAACCCACAUGGACACGAGAGAACAUUUCACAAAUUAUAAAAGUCUGUUUAAGUGUACCUCAGUGUAUGCUAAGGUGUCGUCAAAUAUGUAUGUAAGCCUAUAUAGCUAUAUAUAACUAUACAUUGUUGAAUUAAUUCAUAAUUUCCUCAAAACCCUAAAAAAAAUCUAAAACCUAUAGUUCUAUUUACAGUUCACACUAUAUUGGCCAUUGUGAUGCAUGCAUUAACAUAUAGACCCUUUUUAUACAUUAACAAGUAAGCUGUGGAUGUGAUCUUGUCUGUUGGUUGGAAAACUUGCAUAUUUGGCUUCUGAAUGACCUUUUGCUAUGGGAAUAUGACUCAGCAGUGAACCAGUGACACAAACAGUGAGGCAGAGGAAUGAUUUAGCAUGGUACUGACCAACAUUGCAUGCAACUGCAUGACAGAAAAUACAGUGUAAUAAGCAGAAAUGUGUGUGUAUUCGGAUGUUGUUAUUUGAAUGUGAAAUGUGUGCUGAUACCAUUCUUAGUUUCAGUCGAGGUGAUAUUACUGUAAUAGCCAAUGAACAAUAAAUAAAUUUAAAGUUCACCAUUUCCUU